UUAAACUGUCUGACAGUUGCUACGAAGAGGACGAUGGCGCAGCAGGAAAACCAGCUCGACCCAGUUAAAUUCUCUUGUUCCAUCUGUUUGGAUCUUUUAAAGGAUCCGGUGACUAUUCCCUGUGGACACAGUUACUGUAUGAAGUGUAUUAAGGACUUCUGGGAUGAAGGAGAGAAGAAACUCCCCAGCUGUCCUCAGUGUCGACGCACGUUUAUUCCGAGGCCAGAGCUGCUGAAAAACACCAUGUUAGCUGAUUUAUUGGAGGAACUGAAGAAGACCGGACUCCAAGCUGCUCCUGCUGAUCACUGCUAUGCUGGACCUGAAGAUGUGGCCUGUGAUUUCUGCUCUGGGAGAAAACUGAAAGCUGUCAAGUCCUGUUUGGUCUGUCUGGCCUCUUACUGCCAGAAACACCUUCAACCUCACCGUGAUUCAUCUACAUUCAAGAAACACCAGCUGGUGGAUCCCUCCAAGAACCUGCAGGACAACAUCUGCCCCCGUCACGGUGAGGUGAUGAAGAUGUUCUGUCGUACUGAUCAGAAGUGUAUCUGCUAUCUCUGCUCUGUGGAUGAACAUAAAGGCCACGACACGGUCACAGCUGCAGCAGAAAGGACUGAGAGGCAGAGAGAGAUGGAGGUGAGUCGACAACAAAUCCAGCUGGAGAUCCAGGACAGAGAGAAAGAUGUGAAGCUGCUUCAGCAGGAGGUGGAGGCCAUCGAUCAGUCUGCUGAUAAAACAGUGGAGGACAGUGAGGAGAUGUUCACUGAGCUGAUCUCUCUCCUCCAGAGGAGAAGCUCUGAGGUGAAGCAGCAGAUCAGAUCCCAGCAGGAAAGUGAAGUGAGGAGAGUCAGAGAGCUGGAGGAGAAGCUGCAGCAGGAGAUCAGUGACCUAAAGAGGAGAGACGCUGAGAUGAAGCAGUUCUCAGACAUCGAGGACCACAACCAGUUCCUCCACAACUGCCCCUCACUGCCACCACUCAGUCAGUCCAAACACUCCUCCAGCAUCAGCAUCCGUCAUCUCACACACUCCUCCAGCAUCAGCAUCCGUCCUCUCAGGUACUUUCAGGACGUGGCAGCAGCCGUGUCCGAGGUCAGAGGUCGACUACAGGACAUCCUGAGAGACACGUGGACAAACGUCUCACUGGCCGUCGCUGAUGUGGAUGUUUUACUGUCACGACCAGAACCAGAACCAGAACCAGAACCAGAACCAGAACCAGAACCAACGAGCAGAGCUGGAUUCCUGAAAUAUUCAUGUGAAAUCACUCUGGAUCCAAACACAGUAAACCCAUAUCUGUCACUGUCAGAGCAGAACAGAAAGGUGACGUUAAUGAACCAACGUCAGUCUUAUCCUGAUCAUCCAGACAGAUUCAGUGGUUAUUAUCAGGUUCUGAGUAGAGAGAGUCUGACUGGACGUCAUUACUGGGAGGUGGAGACAGCAGGUAGAGUUGUUGUAGCAGUUUCAUACAAGAAUAUCAGCAGAUCAGGGGAUGAAAGUAGAUUUGGAUUUAAUGAUAAAUCUUGGUCACUAGUUUGUUCCUCAGACAGUUAUGUAUUCAUGUACAACAGCAUCAGAACCUCCGUCUCAGGUCCUGCUUCCUCCAGAAUAGGAGUUUACCUGGAUCACAGAGCAGGAGUUCUGUCCUUCUACAGCGUCUCUGGAACCAUGACCCUCCUCCACAGAGUCCAGACCUCCUUCACUCGGCCGCUCCACGCUGGAGUCUGGAUUCACUGGAGUACUGGAAAAUCAGCUGAGUUCUGUAAACUCAAAUAAGAUCAACGAGUUUCCUCUUCAUGUCUUUAUUGAUUUUCUUUUCUUCUCAGAGACGAUCGUCUCAAACUCUGAUGGACGGAGGGACGUUUCUGUUCUAUAAGUUGAUGUUUUGUUGUUAUUUCCUCUUUUGGAGGUGGAAGUUGUUCUUUUGUAGUUUCACUUGGGAUUUAUUAAUAAUAUUAACAUCUUCUAUUUCAUUAUAAAAACAUAGAAAUAAGCCUGUGUUGUAAUUGUUAACUGUUAGUUUUCAUGUGUUUUUAUUUUGUAUUUCUCUUUUCUUCCACUUCUUUAAAAUAAUUUGUUCUUUUGUGUUUGACCAAUCACCCCCUCAAAUUCCUUGUGUCUUAAACUGGUUGGAAAUAAACUUCAUUCUGAUUGCGAUAUUGAUUGUGAUUGUGAUGAACUCCACCAGACCUUCUUCAUCUCUGAUUUCACGUCUGCAUUCAGACUCGUUUCCUCCUUCAUUAUCAAACCAAAGGUUCUUGUUUUCUAAAGAUAAACAUAUAGUUUAUGUAGUAAAUGAUUCCAGAGACGUUAGUGACAGCAGCAGCAACGCAGCAAACGGUUGAGUGAAGCCUCUAGUUGGUGUGAGAGUGUCGGGGCCGGUAGUCGUCGCUGCAGCUGCAGGACCAGACUAGAUCUGCACAUCACAUGUUGCUGAUGUCCAAAUCUGUUGACCAUGUUUCAUGUUUAACAAUCUGAAUAUUUAGUAAGAAAUAAAACUUCUGAUGUUCUAAAAAAAAAA